AUGCAUUCGCAUUUACAUACCAAGGACAAUGUUGGCUGCGAAGAGAUCAUGAAUGCUCUAGAUGAGUGUCAUGCUCGCGGUUUCCUCUACAAAGCAGUUGGUGGUUGUAACGAGAUCAAAAGAGAAGUGAACAGGUGUCUUUCAGGAGAAAGGACGAAGAAGAGUGGCAGAAAUAGAGAAACAGGCCUCCAGCGGCGGCAGAGGAUCGAAGCUGUGUGGGCGAAAAUGGACGAUGGCGAUUACUCCGCACUGGAAGAGUUCACCGGAAAGAAGCAUGUUGAGAACAAAUGA